AUGGAGAACAAGACGUUUGAUCUAGAUGAUUGGAACGAAGAGUAUAUCAAACGAUACACCGCAAGCACUGUUAUUCUAUCAAUUUAUCUCCUUUUUGGUGUUGUCGGGAACCUAACUGUUUUGAUUAUUUAUUCUACCAAGAUGCAUUCAAAGCAGGAUGACAGAUACUUCAUACCUUUUCUUGCUGGUGUGGAUUUUGUUGGAUGUGUCGUUUCAACCUCAGAAAUUUUGAUUGAAAACAAUGAACCAUACAAAUAUCCGGGUAACUUUACGUGCAAAUCUCUACAUAUGUCGGCUUGUGCAUCCAUUGUCUCAUCCACCUUCAUGUUACUAGUGAUAGCAAUACAAAGAUACCAGAAGAUAUGUCGCACAUUUGGAUUUCAGAUGAAUUUGUCAUUUAAACGUAUCGCCGCUUCACUUAUAAUUUCGCUUGCAUGCGGCUUCGCUUUGCCAAUUACAUUUCUAUAUGGAAUCGUAGAAGUCUAUCACCCAACGAAGAAUAUAACUGGUUUUCGCUGUGGUCCAGUGCCAAAUACCGACACAUUUCGAGAAAUCUAUCAGGGUAUAAUAAUUACAGCUGAGGCAUCCUCCGUGAUUUGCAUGUCUGUUCUCUACGCUUUGGUUGGGUAUACGUUGGUUAAAAAAAUGAAAUACCCAAAGAAAAGCACUCAUUCAGUUGCAUUGAAAUCUAUCCCGUCAAGUAAAGUUGAGAAAAGUACAGAAGAGACAGAAACCUUCGACACUAUCACUGAAACUAAAACAAUCGAAAACAUGGAAAGCAAAAAAAAGUCAAAAUGUCCUCCAAAAACCAAAAGAUCUAAAGGUCUCACUGGUAAACAAUAUUCCUUGAUGUUCAUGGUAAUAUCUCUUGUCAGCAUUCUGUGUUUCUUCCCACCUUGGAUAUUUAUGAUUCUAGAAACUCAAGACAAAACAUUCUGGAAUCACUUAUCCUUUCAAGAGGCCCAAGUAUUCAAUAUCAUAAGAGGGAUGUUUAUUCUCAACUUCGUGGUAAAUCCGUUUAUUUACGGUUUUUUCGACUCAAAGUUUCGUGGAAAAAUUUUAGAGUGUUUGGUCUCUCUGAAGAGGUUUAUUGUAACUUCGUAA